UGCAACGCCACCCUACUCAGCUGCCACGUGGAUUCCAAGAUCGACCACCUCUUCCCCCCCACGCUCUACAUCACGGUCAUCGCCCUGGGGCUGCCCACCAACGGCCUGGCCCUGUGGGCCGCCUACCUGCAGGUCCGUCAGCACAACGAGCUGGGCAUCUACCUGCUCAACCUCUCGGUGGCCGACCUGCUGUACAUCGCCACACUGCCCAUGUGGGUCGACUACUUCCUGCACCACGACAACUGGGUCCAUGGGCAGGAGUCCUGCAAGCUCUUCGGCUUCGUCUUCUACACCAACAUCUACAUCA